CCCCGGAGAUUUUCCAUUCCUUCCUGAAUGGCGGGACGGGCUACUCCUUCGAGGUGGACUGGUGGUCACUGGGAAUCAUGGCUUACGAACUGCUGCGGGGCUGGAGACCAUAUGACAUCCACUCCAACAACCCUGUGGAGUCCUUAGUUCAGCUCUUCAGUACUGUGAGUGUCCAGUACUCGUCUGCAUGGUCAAAAGAAAUGGUUGCCCUGCUACGAAAGCUGCUGACGGUGAACCCCGAGCAUCGGUUCUCCUGCCUGGCCGACGUUCAGGCCUCGGCGUACUUGUCUGGCGUGGUCUGGAGCGACGUCUGCGAGAAGCGGGUGGAGCCGGGCUUCGUCCCCAAUAAGGGCCGCCUGCACUGCGACCCCACCUUCGAGCUGGAGGAGAUGAUUCUGGAGUCGAGGCCCUUGCACAAGAAGAAGAAGAGGCUUGCGAAGAACAAGUCGAGGGAUAACAGCAAAGACAGCUCACAGUCCGAAAAUGACUAUCUCCAAGAAUGCCUUGAAGCUAUCCAACAAGACUUUGUCAUCUUUAACAGAGAGAAGCUAAAGAAGAGCCAAGAGCAGAUGGGCGAGUCCGUGUCCCCCCCUGAGACCACCGAUGAAGCCGAGACAGAGGCCGA